AUGCCUGAAAAGUGGGAUAUACGCCCUCCGAAAAAUAUUGGGUACCCACCAAUUGCCAACGAAGGAAAGCGCACACACCAACACAAACAACGAAGCAAACAAAACCCCAAGCAGAACAAAUGGACUCAUCCUAACCAUAAAAAUUGGGUACCCGUAAAAUCUAUGAGGAAAAAAAGCCUUCCCAGCCUCAAACAAAGCCACCCCAAGAGUCCAUGUGAUGCUACCAGAGCCAACAAUAACAUUACUAUCACUAAUAUGCAACCCUUCCCUAAGGAGAAGAGCAAUGUACGGUGCCCUGAAGCAGUAUUGCUCAAUAAAAGGCUGAGGGACCACACUUUUUCUCGCAACAUCCCAAUUCUUUUCGCAAAAUUCACGGCCCUUUUCCAGGACAUCGUCCAAGGAGGCAACUGGGGUCAGGUUGAAAAAACGGAGAGUUUCCAUCUUUUAGCCCAACGGAUGAACACUGUGAACACGAGUAGUGCUCUUUGUAACCAGUAUGCAAACAUGGAUCCAAUGCUGAGCUUUAAGCUGCUUUCCUCAUGGCUACUAAGAUUAUUUUCAAAAGUGACCUGCAACGAUGAGCCACCCAAGUCGAGCGCACCAUAUGUUUCCUUCCUCGGGAUAGACCCCAAAACACCCGUAUGA